AUGCUGCUCAACGCGUGUCUUGCGGCAUACUUGUUGGUAGCUUCUGCCCAGGCCGCGACCUCUCCAUGUCGUUGCUUCCCAGGUGAUGCGUGCUGGCCAGCGAUAGAUGUCUGGACUCGAUUCAACCAGUCUGUCGGCGGUCGGUUGGUGGAGAAUGUUCCCCUUGGUACUCCUUGCCAUGCCCCCAAUUACAACUCGGAGGAGUGUGCGAAGCUGCGAAAUGGCUGGCAGCUUCCUAAAGAGCACUACGAAUCUUCAUCCUCGGUCAUGGCUCCCUUCUUCGCGAACGGAACUUGCGACCCUUACAAUCCUGUGUCUCGGCCUUGUACCCUGGGUAACUACAAUGUCUAUACAGUCAAUGUUACGCGACCAGAUCACAUUUCGAAAACCGUCAGGUUUGCUACGAAACAUAAUAUCCGAUUAGUGGUAAGAAAUACGGGUCACGAUUACAAUGGCAAAUCGACAGGUGCUGGGGCCCUUGGGAUUUGGACUCAUCACAUAAAACACUUGAAAAUUCAUGAUUACAAAGACGAUCACUACAACGGGAAAGCAAUGACUAUGGGGGCCGGUAUUCAGGGCUUCGAAGCAUACGAGGCAGCUGAUCGUGCCAAUCUUCAGGUGGUUGGUGGAGAGUGCCCUACGGUCGGACUGGCUGGAGGAUAUAGUCAGGGGGGUGGCCAUUCCGCUCUCGCCUCGCGUUACGGCCUUGCAGCAGAUCAAGUCUUGGAAUGGAAAGUCAUCGACGGUCGGGGCAAAAUGCGGACUGCUAGACGUGACAAUGAGAAUUCAGAUCUUUUUUGGGCUUUAAGCGGAGGUGGUGGAGGCACUUACGCUGUAGUCUACGAGAUGACUUCUAAAGCACACCCGGGCACGCCAGUUUCUGGUCUUCACCUUUCUUUCAACAACACCAAUAUCUCCCAGGAUGCAUUUUACGAAGCGAUAUCUAUUUUUCACACCACCCUUCCGGCCCUUGUUGAUGCCGGUGCUAUGAGUAUUUGGUUUUAUACCAACACCACCUUUGCCAUUUCCCCCCUCACCGGACCUAAUAUCCCCAAAGCGGAGCUAAUCUCCUUAUUACAGCCUUUUCUCGAGGCCUUGAACAGGAUCGGUAUUCAUUAUACCAUGAGAGCUUCACAGUAUAGUAGCUAUUAUAACCAGUUCAAGGGCGAACAAGGGACGAUCGGCGUGGGCGAGGCUCAAUACGGCGGCUGGCUUAUCCCUAGAUACCUGGUCGAAGAUAGCAAUGAGGAAUUGACGAACGCCUAUCGUGAAAUUACCGAGAAUGGUGGAACGUUCAUUGGCGUCGGCUUGAACGUAUCCCAUGAAGUUGCUGGCGAUGUCUACAACUCGGUUCUCCCGGCUUGGAGAGAGACUAUUAUCGCGACAACCCUAACUACUCCGUGGAAAUGGGGCUCCGAAAAUUACGAGGAGAUGGUAGCUUUGCAAUUGAAAAUGACUGAGAUUUUCAUGCCUAAGCUCGAAGCCAUCGCUCCUCACUCGGGUGCAUACAUGAAUGAAGGCGACUUCCGUCAACCUCACUGGCAGAAAGCUUUCUACGGGCGUAACUAUCGCACUUUGCGCAAUAUCAAAGCGAAGUACGACCCAAAUAAUGUCUUUUUCGGCAAAUCUGCUGUUGGAUCCGACGAAUGGGCGGAGCGCCAGGAUGGCCGACUUUGUCGCGUUAGCCAAUGGCAAGAAGAUUGGCUGCAGUUUGGCUCUCAAUAA